ACGUUACGAAGAAGAUUCUGAAAAUGCCUGGAAUUGUGGAUCGUGGUUCGAAUAUAUGCUCAUCGUUAUAUUAUCAACCAUUCUAUUAGUAGGUGUUUUAGUGUUAACAUUAUUUUGGAUAUUAUUUUAUCGUGGUGGCUAUUCUUGGUCGGAAAAUCGACAAUUACAAUUUAAUUUACAUCCCACUUUAAUGGUUGCAGGAUUCGUGACAUUAUCCGGAUUUUCAAUUUUACUGUAUCGCCUGUGCCGUUGUCUGAAACAUAUCUAUGUUAAGCUCCUACACAUGUUUUUCCAUGCUUGUGCCAUUCCAUGUGUAGCGCUCGGUUUUCUAGCAGUUUUUGAAUCACACAACCUGAGUGAUCCACCCAAACCACAUUUCUACAGCAUGCAUACUUGGUUGGGGCUGGUAACAAUGGGCAUGUUUGUAUUACAAUUCGUCAUUGGAUUCUUUAGUUUUCUCGUCUUGCUCUGCUGUGAAAAUCGCACCUAUAAAUGCCGUUCAACUAUGGUGCCAAUACACGCCAGUUUCGGUUUAGUCAAUUUUAUGUUGGCUAUAGCGACAUGCAUCACUGGCUUGAUAGAGAAUGAACGUCAAGUACCCGGCGAAGUUCUCAUGAACACACGCAACUCGGAAAUCGAGCACUACAUUGUCAACUCUCUGGGAAUUGUUUUUGUAGCCAUUGCGAUUAUCGUCACUGUUGCCGUGCGAAGAUCAAAUGCCCCUGCUACUGCCAAAGUAUAUGUAACCGAACGCAUUUAAAAAGUUUUAUUUUCUUUUGAAUAAAUUCAUAAUUAUUACAUUUAAUUAAAAACAAUUAAAUCAAAUUA